GCUGCUUCACUUGCAUUUCAAAUUGCCACUUCAACCCCACGACCCAUAUAAACCCUCCUCUCUCGCUCUACUCUCUCUCUACUUUCUCUCUCUAAUCUUUCUUUCCAUAGCUUUUCGAUCAAGAGAUCUCGGUGCCAUUUAGCAAGCUUUACUGUGAAAUCGGGGGUCCACUCAAUUACAGCAUCGACGACAAUUCAGGAAUUUAUUUUUUCUUCUUCUAGAAGAAUCUGGAAAAAUCAGCGCUGUUUGAGGGGUUGAUUUCUCUUGUUUGCGAAUGGGUUGGAAGGAUAUGAUAUCGUUUUGCCCUAACAUGUUUCAGGGUAGUAGAGCAAACGAGGUCGAGCUUGGUUGCCAACAUACAAUAAAGUCACAUGGAGGAAAAGUCGCGAAGACUCACAAACACGAUUGGUUGAUACUUAUACUGCUUGGAGGUAUAGAAAUCGUGUUGAAUAUAACUCAGCCGUUCUACCGUUUUGUUGGUAAAGACAUGAUGACCGAUCUUAGAUAUCCCAUGAAAGAAAAUACCGUUCCAGUAUGGUCAGUUCCGCUUUAUGCAGUUUUGUUGCCUAUUCUUAUAUUCACGAUAUACUAUAUCCGAAGGAAAGACGUCUAUGAUUUGCAUCAUAGUGUACUAGGACUAUUGUUUGCUGUGCUGAUAACUGGAGUUCUCACUGAUUCAAUAAAAAACGCAGUUGGCCGACCAAGGCCCAAUUUCUUCUGGCGUUGCUUUCCUAAUGGGCAAGAUUUAUACGAUCAGUUGGGUGAUGUUGUGUGCAAUGGUAAAGCCAGUGAAAUAAAAGAAGGGCACAAGAGUUUUCCAAGCGGUCACACUUCAUGGUCUUUUGCGGGUCUUGGUUUUCUAUCUUUCUACUUGGCCGGAAAAAUUAAAUGCUUUGAUGGGCGUGGCCACGUCGCGAAAUUAUGCAUUAUAUUUCUCCCCAUACUUGUUGCUUGUCUAGUCGGUGCUUCUCGUGUUAGUGACUACUGGCAUCACUGGCAAGAUGUGUUUGCCGGGGGUCUACUAGGGCUUUCGGUUGCUACAUUUUGCUACCUGCAGUUCUUCCCACCUCCAUACCACACUGAAGGAUGGGGCCCAUAUGCAUAUUUUCGAGCAUUGGAGGAAUCACGUUCGAUAUUAGUUCCUCCUCCGAAUAACGAGAUAGGCAUGCAAGGAGUGAAUCUGAAUCAUCAAAAUCAAGACUCGAGUUUUGAUGCUAUGGAGUCUGGAAGAAGGUAGUACUACUAUUUAUAAAAUAGUUCUUUUUUUGUCCAGUCCCUUGGGUUUGUUUGUGUAAGAACAUCUGGUUUGAAGGAAAUUCCUGUUAAUAUAUUCCUGUUCCCAAGUAUUGAUUGGUUGAAUUAGCAUCUAAAUACUUAUUCUUUUAUUGUGUACUAUAUACAUACUGUUUGGGGCUAAGAAGAUUAUAUUGGAAUUUUUAUUCUUUAA